AGACGACACAAAAGUAGAGUUGUACGUUGAAGUGUUUACCUUUGUGACGGUUCAUAGUGAAUCGUGUGACAGACAGAGCUGGAAAGAAGAUUCGCCAUGGCUUCAUCCUGCACGCAGUUGUGUCUAAAAUGCAGAGGUCUUCUUUGCUCAAAGACAGUGGCAAGUGCUUGGAGCUAUUCCACUCAGUUACGACAUUGCACUAAAGUUGCAAUUUUACCCGCAAAAAUCCUAAAUGGAUCCUCAGCUAUUGAGGGGAAUCAUACAACAACUGGAAGGCAGCAGUGGAAACAACAGAUGUUCUGUUACAGUGACUUAACUGCCAAACAUCUGGCAACUGAGGCUAAAGAAAGCAAUGAUAUUGAAGAUUUAUCAAGAGCUGAUGUUGUGGCAUAUAAGACUGCGCCAAUCAGAGAUGCUGUACCAGUGACUGAAAGCCAGACGUCAUUCGAUCUGGAUGCUGCUGCUGAAUUUUCAGCCUUAGAGGAGAUCAGUGAUGAAGAAGCUGUCAGUAUAUCUGUUCCUUCUGCCAUGCCUCCAGCCUCCAUCUCUCUUAGAGACUACGUUGACCAGUCUGAGACACUCAGCAAACUGGUGCAGCUAGGUGUAAACCUUUGGAAGCUUGAACAAAGGCCCAACGUGGGCUCCAUGUUGCUGAGGCUCAACUUCAACACAGAUGUGGCUCCAAGGCUGCUGUUUCUGAAAGAUAUCGGGGUGGAGGACUCUUGCUUUGGCUAUAUCAUCACGCACAAUCCCUUCAUUCUCACAGAGAAUUUGGAAAACCUACAGGCCAGGGUCAACUAUCUCAAGUCAAAGAAGUUCAGUUCAGAGACUGUUGCCUCCAUGGUAUCCAGAGCUCCAUAUCUGCUUAACUUCAGUGUAAAGAGGCUGGACAACAGACUGGGUUUCUAUCAGCAGCAACUCAGCCUCAGUGCUUCUAAUACACGGAAUGUUGUAGCUCGUCUACCUAGAUUACUGUGUGGAAGUUUGGAGCCUGUUAAAGAAAAUUUGAAGGUGUGUGAAAUAGAGCUUGGCUUCAAGCAAAAUGAGAUCCAACACAUAGUUAUUGCCGUCCCAAAAGUGCUGACUGCCAACAAAAGGAAGCUAAUCCAAAUAUUUGACUUCCUCCACAAUAUCAUGAAGGUGCCCCACCACCUGAUCUGCAAGUUUCCACAGGUCCUCAAUACAAAGUACCUGCGUAUCAAAGAGCGCCACCUGUUCCUCGAGUACCUUGGAAAGGCUCAGUAUGACCCAUCUCUGCCAAACUACAUCUCCCUCGACCGCCUGGUGUCUUUGCCCGAUGAGACUUUUUGCACAGAGUUGGCUUUGGCCACACUGGAAGAUUUUUAUCUGUUCCAAAAGACACUUUGAUUCAUCAUGAAGGGAUGUCAGAAAACAAGUGAUCCUGUAAUAGCAGAUAUAUGCAGACAUAAAAGUCUUAUAGAGCAUCAACUGAAUUUGAAAUAAAAAGUUUGCUUUGUAAAUAUGAUGGUUAAUAAAUGUACACAAUGUAUACCAGCUCCUCUACCUGAAAUACUUUUAUUUACCUGACUGUUUGUGUAAAGAGACCAUAAAUGUGAUAAAAGUGAACUUCAGUCUGGCGUCCGCAAAACAUGUGCAGUGGUGGAAUGUAACUAAGUACAUUUAAUCAAGCACUCUCCUUGAUUGCAAAUUUCAAAACACUUGAAAUUUACUUUUAAUGAUAAUAAUGAUGAUAUUUCCAUUCCAUAUUAACUCGAUACUUCUGUUCCACUACACGUGAAGUGUUUAAUAGCAGUAGUUUUAGCAGUUAGACACGCCAUACAAAACAUAAAAUCAUCUUAUACAAUAUGAUGCAUUGAUAUGCUGCAGAUUUUAUCUGCCAAAUAUACUUGCUUAAAUACAUUUGCGUUAGUGCUGUUUACCUGUGAAUGCAUCAGGAAUACUAAUUAAUUAAUAAAAUAUGUAAUAACACAACACUGAAAGGUGCCAGUCUGCAUAAUAAGUGCUGUCACUGUCAAUACAUGAGUUAAAAUUUAAGGAUUUGCAUUGCAGUUUAGGAUUUUGAAUGCAGAACUUCUACCUGUACUUUGUAUUUUUAUA